AUGGCUUCCUCCACCAUCCUCCCCUACUCCUCCACCCACUACAACACCCUCCCCGAAUUCUUCACCGCCAAAGAAACUUUCAAAGCCAAAAACGCCUCCAAGACCAUCGACAUCACCCUCGCCUCCCUCUUCCUCCGCCACAAAGUCCACCACAACCUCGGCGUCCAAAUGCUCCACACCCACUUCACCAUCGGCGACGACGAGCGCCUCGUCGGCAUCGGCGCCGUCGCCGUUCCCAUCGAACUCGACAUCAUCGUUGGCUCUGCUAUCAAGCCUCUCGUCUACCGCUUUGUCCCCACUGGUGUCGCGGUGUGCGAAUGGACUCAGGGAAAUGAUGCUAACGAGGUUGAUCUGUCCUCGCCCCAGUAUGCAGCUUUCAUGGCGGAGCUGCGCAUUGUUCUCGAUGAGGCGGGUCUCAUCGAUGUUCUUGGCAUCUUCGUUCGCCAGCCUGGAGACGGCAAGAUGAAGGGCGUGGAAUUCACUGCUGGACGCGCUAAUAUCACGCUCCACAAGGAUGAGCCCACCGAGGGCGGCAACAGCGUCGAGGCUUCUUGGGUAUUCAUGGAGAAGACUGUUCAGCCAGGAGAUGCAACCACCCGCACCAUGUCCGCCUGCAACUCAUGGUGUCAACCAUUCGUCGGCAACCACUCCUCCCGCCACAAAGAAAAAGGCGGCCGCUACUCUCUCGAUCGCGAGACCCAAGGAGCGAGUCUCAAAGACCCAAACCCACCCGUCGAGCUCGCCGCCCCAAUCGACACCAGUGACGCCAUCACUGCCACCGAGGUCAUGGCAGCCCGUAAGUCCUGGUCCCAGGAGUUCGUCGGUAAUCACUCCUCCCGCCACCAGGAAAAGGGAGGCCGCUCUGCUCUCGAGGCCGAGAUGCAGGGCGAUCUGGACGAGGAUGAGGAUGAGGAUGAGGAACUUGUGGAGCCGGUCACGCAGGUGAUGGCUGUGUGCACUGCGUGGUGUCGGGAGUUUGUGGGGAAUCACUCUUCGAGACAUAAGGAGAAGGGUGGCUAA